CACAGCCAUUUCUGCCUGGGCUGCUCUGUUUGCUUUGUUAGGACCAAGUUUUGUCCGAUAACCCAUGUCUUGUUCAUACCCACUGGCUGGCGCAACUCUGCUUACCCACUGUCAAAGGCCAUACAAAUAGUUAAACCAUCUAUUGCUCGGCCUUGGCCCCCCGCUGUUCGACCUCAGUCUUCCACUAGUUAUUCAACUUAUCUUGAUCAACUUCCACUCCAAAGCUCAACGUCAUCCCCAUGCCUAACUCUCGACGCCAUCGCCGCAACAAGUCAUCAAUGCCCAAACCCAACAAGGUUAAUCCAGGCCCUUACCCUCACGCACCAGCUCCAGCUCUGGCUGUUUCUUCUCCCAAGGUAGCCAGUACCCCACAAGGCUGUUGUCGAAAUCAAACUCAAACUCAGACUCAAACCCAGACCCAAAGACAUGAUCAAACUCCAGCCGAUCUAGUCGCCCAAGCAUCCUUUCCAACUCAUGACCUCGAUAUUCCAGAGAUUCGUGGCAAUACUUAUCGUCGGCCGCAUGCACCAAGUCCGUUGAAGAGGAUUCAGACAGUACCCAUGAAGGGAACUGAGCAAUGGCUGAGUAGGUAUCAGUUCCAGAUGUUUUCGUGGGACGAGGGGCAGGAGUUUGACGGUGAUGAAGACGAAGAGUGCGGGGUUAGAGGUUGGAAUUGGAAUAGAUAUGUGGAGAUGGAUAAUGGAGAACCUAAGGAAUGGAUUGAUAGUUUCAGUUGGGGUGGCGCAUCCAUGUCUUGCGAAUACGGGUCAAGCGUUCCCUCUGCCCAUAUGAGCAUUCCUCCGGGAAUUCGCCCGAAUGGAGAGAAUAGCAUCCCAGGCAUGAGCCUUGACGCACUUACGCAACUAGCAGCCGAGGUUGCUACCGAACUAUCCAGGAAACGACUAGAGGAGUCGCCAAGGCCAGACGUUUCAAAGAGGAAAAGGGCCGAGGGGAACGUUUCCAGGGAGUUAUAAUGAUGCCGAAGAUCCUUGUCGUUUGUUCAGUUGUCGGUAAUGUUCGUUGUCUUGUGUAUAUAGUAGCCGUCGCGUGUACUCGCAUUUCGUCCCAUGUUUGUCCUGU